AGUUUAGGUUCAGCUCAGUUCUUCCUCACUCAGUAUCUAUUCGACUACCGCAGUGGAAAGACCUAUACCUGAACUUAGUGUAGUAAUAUACAAACCCAACCAACAUGAAGUUCUCCUGCUUCAAAAUCAAUUUCGGAGCUAAAUCCGACCAAAGAAAUCUACUAUCCAACCAACUACUGGAGAAAGAACAAUCCUGUUUAAUUAAGAAGAAAUCCGUGAAGAAAAAUAAAAAAGUUCUCAACAACUCGAAACCUGGUAAUGCGCAAGAUUGUGUCGAUAUCAAUGCAAAAUCUUCAUCUUGGUUUCUGCCAAAUGUUUCAGAAGAAAAAUCCGCGGAAAUUCUCGAAUCCUUGGUUCCAGGACGCUUUUUAAUCCGCCAAAUUCAAAAUUCAUUUAUCCUUCAUCUCCGGUGUGAAGCUGGAUCAGAGAGUUAUCUUAUCCUGGUUCAAGAUACGGGUUUAAGAUUCUCCGGAGCUGAUAAGCAGUUCUCAAACCUUAGUUCUCUUGUGGUUCAUCACUCCAUCAUGCAGGAGCAACUCCCAACCUUGCUCCGGGUAGCAGAGGACAUACAGGAGGAGGAGGAGAUUGAUUUUAUAGAUAUAGAUGUGGACCCGGAGUACAAUGUUCUAGUUUCUAGACUUCAGACCCAGCUCAACUCAUUCUAAUCUUGAUCAAUAAUAAACUCAGUCCUGUGAUACAGCCAUCAUACAUUCAGAAUUCAAACUU